AUGGUUGGAAGUAUGGAUCAUCCUGAACUUAGUGAACCAGUAAUACCGAAUGAUGAAUAUGCUAAAUCUUGUUCAAACAAGUUGCAACCUAUGAAUAGGUUUCGUGAUAUGAGUAAAUUGCGUAAUUAUGAAAUCAUUCGAAAAUUAGGUCAAGGAACAUUCGGUGUAGUUCAGAAGGCCAGAAACAUCAAAACAAAGGAACUAGUAGCAUUGAAACAGUUAAUAAAUCAUUCAGCCAAAGAGGGCUUCCCAAUAACCGCCAUGCGUGAAAUUACCAUUUUGAAGAAAUUAAAUCAUAAGAAUAUUUUAAAAAUAAUAGAUAUGAUAUAUGAGGAGCCUAAAGUUUCUAAUCCCCAGGAUAUACUUCAUCAGCGUGGUUGUUUUUAUACGGUUUCUCCUUAUAUGUGCUCAGAUUUAGUUGGAUUAUUGGAGAAUCCUAACAUAAAUCUUGAAAUAUCUCACAUUAAAUGUUUUAUGAUACAAUUAUUGCAUGGCAUUCAGUACAUCCAUGAACAGAUGUUUUUACACAGAGACAUAAAAGCUGCAAAUAUCCUUAUUGACCGUAGCGGAAUAUUGAAGAUUGCAGAUUUUGGUUUGGCUAGAGUAUACCAUGGAUCACCUCCAAAACUACUGAGUGGUCCAGGUGGCGGUGAGAGAGCUUAUACUGGAUUAGUUGUAACAAGAUGGUACAGACCUCCAGAAUUAUUACUAGGUGAAAGAAGAUAUACUACCGCAGUUGAUAUGUGGGGAAUUGGAUGUGUGUUUGGCGAAUUAUUUACUAGGAAACCUAUACUUGUUGGGAAGACAGACGCACAUCAAGCGCAACUAAUUUUUGACUUGAUUGGACCACCAAAUUCUAAUAACUGGCCACAAGCUAUAAGUCUACCAAAUAAACACGAUUUGAAUAUCGGUUUAACUUGCCAAAGAAGUUUAGAAUCAAAGUUUGCACCUCUCAUUUCCCCUGAUGGAAUUGAUUUAUUAUCCGGUUUAUUAACUCUUGAUCCAUACAAAAGAUUUAAUGCAUUGGAUGCUUUGAAUCAUAAUUAUUUCAAGACUGAACCAUUACCAAUACAGCCCCAGGAAUUACCGAAGUUCGAAGAAUGCCACGAAAUCGAUAAGGAGAGGUUUAAAUUGUUAAGAGAAAAGAAGAACAAUACUAAUGAAGCUAACAAGCUUUCCAAAACACAAUUUCCCAAAGGCCCGGGUGAGUACAAUAAUUCAAACAACUAUCCUAGAAAUCGAAAUGGUACCUUUCCAUCAGCAUUGCCAAAGCAACCCAAAUUUUAUAAUCAACAUCAACAAGAAUCACACGCACCUCAUCAAAUGCAUACCGAUACCUAUAUUCCCAAAUCUAGUAAGGAAAGACCUGACAGAAAUGUUCCCCUUAAAGAACCAAUAACAUCGUACCAGAGCUUGAGAGAUAGAUCCCCAAGAAGAGAAGGGCAUAUAUCUCGAAGACCACCUACAAAAAACCCCAAUAAUAUCUCCAGCUCAUCUACUUCGAAUGCCGAGAAUACCGUGUCUAAUGUUGUUAGUCAAAAAAGUCACACAAACGCCAAAGCAUCUGCUGGUAUAUUCAUGACAAAUCCAAGAAAACAGAGACCCAAACCGAAUACGCAGCCACAUUUGCGUAAUGUUUCUGAUCAAUUUAAAAAGCGUAAACUCAUUCUGGACGAGCAGAAUGAAAGUGAUCUAACCGAUUUUGAUGAAGACGUCAAGGAUAAUAGGCAGUUAGAUUCUUUUUUAGAUUGGGAUACUUUCACAAGGUCACCGGAAAAUAGAAAGCUACAACAUGAAAAGAAACAGUUUGAAACAAAACAUAAAUGA